AGCUGUCUUAUUUUGUACAAUUCCACAGUAGUGUGGUCUCCAUAACCAGUGUACAAAGUCAAAUAUCGAUAAAACUGCAGGGGAUGCCGAAAUGAAAUUAAAACCCCAUGUGUAACACAAGAACAGAGCUACUGAAACAAUUCACCUGGAAAACAAGUUUACGAUAUAAAUUAAUAAUUUAAAAAACUUAACGAAGAGGAGAUAUUGAAGCUAUAGGAAAAUGAUGCAGGAACUGGUUAGAAUGGAUUCGUUCAUGAUUCCAUCUUCUGUAAUGCGUGCUAUCGACACAGACUCCACGCAGAAGACGGGCUUGCCUUGUGCGCUGACGUUUUCUAUCCAGGAUUUAAACAACAGCCCUCAAACAGACAAUAUGGAUACGGAGAGUUUUGGGACCCCUUCUUCUUAUCUUCCUAGUGAUAGCGACACACCUCUCUCCACCCCAGAAACUCCCAUUACCCCACGGCAUGGACUGGUGCGACCAAACCAUUUUUUAUUUCCCGGUGAUUCCGGCUUCCACGCUAGUCACAUCUUUCCUGUAAACGGCGAAAAAGUUUCACUGAAAAGUUCUACCAAAGCUAAAAAGCGAACUUCGGUUGCUCCAAGCAAAGACGUUCUGAAGCGCAGACGACUAGCGGCAAAUGCUAGAGAAAGACGUCGGAUGGAGAGUCUGAACGUUGCAUUCGAUCGUCUGCGAGAGGUGAUUCCCUCAGCUGGAGAGGACCAGAAACUUUCCAAGUACGAAACAUUGCAAAUGGCUCAGAGCUACAUAGGUGCACUACAGGAACUACUGGAGAAAAAGUGAAAAAUGAACAGAAAACGGAAUCCAAAGCGUCGUAUAUGCGACAAUUGGUUGAUUCUUAACUUACUGUACAGAAAAUAGAACGAAGUGUUAAUUAGAAAACCGAGAUGGAAUCGCUUUAAAAGGCCCAUCUAACGUGUGUUCUUAAAUGUACAUCACGGGUGACGCAGCGAAUUACAGGGAAGAGAUAGAUUUAAAUGUGCCUCUAUCUCGCCAAUCAGACCCGCAUAUAAUGGGGUGUCACAAUAGACGAUUUCCGGGCUAAACAGAAAUCGGAACAAAAUAUUGUGAUUAUGUAAUAAGAAACAGGAUCUCAUCGUCUCGUAAAAAUCGCCAUUAUUGUAGAGACAUAAAAAGACGUAAAAAGAAUUUUAAAAAAUUAUUCCGUUUUUCUGUGAAAUUGUUACAAUUAUGUAUAUUUGUAGCGACCAUUGUUGAAAGUUACCACUGCCUAAUGAAUUUAUGUGUAAAUUGCUUUUACGUGAAAUGCUAUAUGUAAACAUAAACAAUACACCGUGCCUUCCUAGCUCUGUUGUUAAAUAAGAGCUGCGUGUUAUCUUUUUUAUGAUAUUUUAUUCUUUUAUAUUGUGCUCCUUCUCCGCGCAGCUUUUUGUUCUAUGUUAACUC